AUGCCUGCUGGACCAGUCGCUAUACAACUCAAUAAAUUACCCACGAUACCGUCCUCCUUAGAUCCCAACUUGAACUCUUCCAUAAGCCACAAGCCAUUGACUAGUGCCAGGGUUGCCGCUGUCCUUCCAACCCGUACUAGGUCACUGAAUAUCAAUGAUGAGCCCAUAUAUAAAAAUAAUGAGCACUCAGGCUUAUUCGAAGAAAGGAGAGGUAGGUCGGCGUCUCCUGUUCGUGCCAACGUCAAACGGAGGAGAUCUGUUGUCUCCGCCCCGGGUGAUCCAUUAGGAGGUCAAUUACAUAGAAAUAAUUCUAUUACAUCUUCUGACGAGAGAAACCCACAUCCUCGCAAUCAUACACCAGCAAGGGCUUCUACCCAACUAAAUGAAACUCCCAUGCGAAGAAGUCUCCCACGUAGCCGCUCUAUGAUGCGAUCGACGCGCUAUCUCCAUAAUACGGGAUCGCGAAAACGUCUGAGAGUUGGCGAGAGAAAUAUGACAGAUAAUCCUGUUAACGAAAGUAGGGCAAGUGUUGAUGAAUCAUCUCAAGGUACCAACAGUCCAGAGACACUGGCGUCAGGGGAGCUACCACUUUCUGGGGACGUGAAUCAAAUCGCAAACGAUGAGCAAGUUUCUUACGAGCAGAAAGGCAUAUUUCGGCUGAGAAAAGCUAGAAAAAAGGCUGGAUUUCGCUUUCCCAAAUCCCAGAGUCAACCAGAACCAAUUUGGCGCGCAGGAGAUGGAUUCUCUGACGACGAGGCCAAACCAGACUUCCAUUUCUUGAUGACUGGAACACACAAACAGAACAGACCUCGUUCUUUAUCUGGUAUAGGGCAGCUUCAGCUAGAAAUUGAAACUUCGUCCCAAGAAAAGCCGCAUGGAUCAGGGACCAGCUGCGCAAAGGCCAGAGGAGUAUCCCGAUACUACAUGAAUAAUCGUCGCAGCCCAAUCAAGGACGUCUGGCCAACUAAGGAUAACUUCGUAGAAGAGCUGGGAGCACGGAAACCGAAACAUACAGUGCCAAGGAAUGAGCAGACAAUUCCUUCAACUAUAAUACCUCAGCCUUCCCCAGAAGCCCAAACUAGAGAAGCGAUACGAUACAGCCCACCUCGAUGGCGUAAAAGAAAUCAUUCGGAUUUUGAGAAUUUUGGGCAGCCUCUCCGCAGCAGCGACAUUGCGGUUAUUAGGGACUCAAUGCCACAGAGCAUGCCAGAUUCAAUUAUUGUGCAAUCUAGGUUAGAGGAUCAUGAGGAAUAUGAAGUUGAAGAAUAUGAAACAGAGUUGUCCUACGAAUCCGCGUCCUCGGUGGACAAUGGACACGAAAACUACGACGUCGAGUUCGAAGAGAAUGAAUCGGCCAGCGCCCACCGGGGCCGAGAGUCAAGUGUCGGCGAUUCAGCUAUCUCGAUUCAAGAAGAUGAGGAACACGAGCCACAGAAAUUUAGACAGGACCCUUACGAUAUAUUAAUGUCCGCCUAACUCGGCAUUUUCCUAACGAUCUUUCAUCGCACUUAGCAUCUACCUCCGUGUUUAGAGAUUUAAAAAGGCCAAGGCUUUGAGAUCGAUGUAGC